ACGCAGGGGAGUGGAGGCGUGGUACUUUCUUUUACUAAAUAACUAAACAAUCUUUAACUAUACCGUAGAACAGCGGUAACAGACGGAGAUCGAUUCCAGACAAUCCCGAUAAAUGUCUUUUAUUACAGAUAUUUGCACUAAAAUCCAUAGAAAGCGGGUAAUCUUUCUCUAGUCCAAUGAUGAAUUCUAAACGUCUGCUUGACAUGUCCGCUGUUGGAAUACGUCUCGGGGGCGCUUCGAAACAAGCCGGUAUUGAUCAGCGUGCAGAGGGGUCCAAGGGACGCAAAAUUACUGUCGCCGCCACUGCGGACAGCGGUGUCGUUCUGGCGUGCAAGAAUGGUCCCGCAACAGGAGCAGUUUCCUACAAAUUCGUGUUGGAUGAUGGAUCUUUAAGAGAAUGUACAAGACAGGACACCGUCCUCAAUGUGAAUGACCUGUCAUCAGGGAGAGAAAAAUACCACCUGAAUAAAGCAGGUUGUGGUGGGGAGGCAGAUGAAAGAAACAGUGGUCUGACUGGGAUCCUUACUAACGGCAGUCCCACACACUCCCUGAUCCGGAAAGGGCAGAAGGCGGACAAACACAUGCACUCGGAGGCGAGGGACCCGCUGGUGCCCAGCGGUUGCCAGGCAACAAAUGGACAGCAAGUCCCACCUGAGGAGAGAUACCCUCAUCCCUCCUCCCAAAUACCUGUCCCUCGACGCAGGAAACCUUCAGGUCUUGCUGAUAAGGAGGUAAUGGCUGCUACCGUCCUGACAUCACUGUCCACCUCUCCUCUGGUCCUCACCCAUACCCAGACACCCUCAGCUGCAGUUCCGGAGCCAGCCAGCAGAGGGUGGAAGGAGGUGCUGUCAACUAGCUACAGCAGCUCUACCAGUGGCAACUGGAGCUGGGACACCAGCGACCAAUCGGUGCCCUCCACACCGUCCCCGCCUCUCUCCAACGACACCAGCAAGAGCUUCUUGCUCUCCUCCCAGAGUGAUAAAUUCAUCGACGACGUCAAAGAGAGCACGCACUUCUUGUUUGAGGACCCCAUACCCCGGAAGCGAAAGAACUCCGUGAAGGUGAUGCUCAAGUGCUUGUGGAAGAACUGUGAAAAGGUCCUCAGCACCUCUUCAGGGAUCCAGCGACACAUCCGCACCGUCCACCUGGGGCGGAACUGUGACUCGGACUACAGUGACGGGGAGGAGGACUUCUACUACUCAGAGAUCGAGGUCAACAUGGACAGCCUAUCAGAGGGCUUGUCCAGCCUCACGCCCACCUCCCCCACCACUACCGGCCCUCCCCCCAUCUUCCCCCCUUUCUCCCACGCCGCCUUUGUUCCCCGCUCUGAGCCCGCCCACAUCGUCAUGAGGGGGCCGCAGGGUCAUGCCCCCAGUCUGUUCAGCCAAUCAGCUCCCUCCACGCUCUGCCAUAUCCGUACUGACCACGCCUACCAGGCCACUGCUCCUGUGAGUAUUCCUGUGUGUUCGGAGCAGGCUGAUGGGAAUAGGGAUGGGAUCAGUGUGUCCUGGCAGUCCCCUCCUGUCAUUUUUAAAGGCUUAACGGGGCCGUUGACUCACAUCCGCACGGUGAGCUUCGGUGAGAAGAGACAACCAGCCCCUCACACACACACCACCAUCUGCAAGACACCUCCCUUUACUGCCCCUCUGCCCAAACCAGCACCAGGAAUCAGGAAACCCCGCGGAGAGGCCAAAAAGUGCCGGAAAGUGUAUGGCAUGGAGAAGAGGGACAUGUGGUGCACAGCCUGCCGCUGGAAAAAAGCCUGUCAGCGAUUCACUGACUGAACCCCAGUACAUCACUGGGAUGGACUCUUCCUCUGCCAGCGCUUCAAUGAGGUGUCAUCUUCCACUGAGGAGAUGUGGGGGUUUCUCCGUGAUGAAGCCCCUCAGAGCACGCACUGCUUCCUCCUGACCAGCAGGGGGCUCUCUGCUCGCUUCUCCUAGUCCUCAGACAGCUGAAUUCACAAAACACAACAACUAACUGAUGAAAAGGGCAAAAAAGAAAAAUGAAUUUGGCUUUGGAAGAAUUGUUUUUCUUUCUAAUGAUGAGACUUUUUAGGUAAUCAAAAAAAAAGAAAAAUAUUAUUCGAAACCUUUUUUGAUGUGUUUUAUAUUUUCUAAUUUUGUCUGCCUUCACUGUAGGGGAGCGGUUUCAGCUUUUUGCUGUACGUAUUGUUUUUACCAGUCUGAGUAUCAUGCUACUGUGUUUGGGUUCAUAAGAUCCUGAUACCGCUCCCUUGUCAGCCUCUUUCAAUGCAUCUCUGUUUUAUAUCUAAAAUCUCACUUCGGGGCUUUUAUUCCAAUGGAUCGUUUUCAAAUUUCAACUGUCACUCUUUUGAAAAGGGCAGUAAGUCUACCAAAGGAAAAACAAAUCAGAAUAUCGCUGAGAAUUUAGAUGCUGCUUAUAAAGAUGCUGUUCUGCUCUUCAUAUCCAAGUGUUAUAACACAUCACAUGCUCUUACGGGAAUUCAACUCAAACUCUAAUCACGUUGUUUGGGAAGUAAAUAGCUACUCAUCAUAAGAUUCUUGCUUUUUUUGCAUAGAUAUGAAACACACACUUCCAUCUGGUUGCACCAAAUGUUACGUUUUGAAUGUACAGUUUAUAAAGAUAUCUAUUUCCCUUUCUUCCUUUCUACACCUCUGAUAUGCAUCUUUCAGAAACAACACAUCUUUCAACAGAUCACUGUAAACUUUGUAACUAAAGUGUUUCCUCUCAUUUCUUACAUGUGUUUUCAGCGAUCAGUUGCCAAGGCAACUAGUAGUUGCAAAGUGUAAUCGCCAGGGUUUGGAAAGUCCCGUCUUGCUUUGAUUAAUCAGCUCUAUUGUUGAUAACCGUUAUCGUCGACAACAUUAAGCUCUGCUGUAACGCUGCUGGCUACUCAGUGUUCAUUUUCUGGCUAUCAUCAUGGACAUAGAAUACUCAUUCUCUGUACCAUAGUCAGUUACAGCUUUUAACUGGUAUCUGAUGGCGUUGAAAUCAAGAUGUUUGUCUCCAAGGGAUUGUACCUGGAUUCCUGAUCAGACAUGAGAGCAGAUAUAGAUGUAUAUUUUAAACAGAUGUAUUUUUCUACUCUAGCUACUGUUUCGAUUGUUGCCAGCUCUUUGAAUGUAGUCUCUGCAGGCUCUCUCUUUCUGCUCCCAACACUGACUACUAGCCAUUACACAAGUUACAACAGCACACACACACACACACACAGGACUCUAAAUUAACUGGUGCUCCCAAUUUUUAAAAGUUAGGAGCACCACAUAAACAGUAUGAGCACCAGAUUAUAUUGUUUAAUUGUUUGAGAUGCAGCCUUUAUUAAUUUUAUCUCCGUUUGAAGCACAUGCUGUGUCCCAGAAAUGAACACCGUUUAGAUUUUUGUAUCAACAUUUGAGCUUUUAUUAUAAACCAUCUGAAAAUACGUGGAAUGUUAGGUUUCUACAUUGUGUAAAAUCACUAUUUUCCUAUUGAGAUGCAUGACAUUGAACAUUCUCUAAGCACGUCAGGUUUGUGAUGAGGACAUGCAAGAAAUCUGACCAUCAGUCAGUGCUACGAUCAUUGAUCUCCUCAAGAAUCUUCCUUUUCCUUUCUGUGCCCCUAAAUGUUUGGAUACACUGGUAAAGCUACCCGUUUGUUAGCUAGGUAGCCAAUGAGGUAACAUGACUGAACAAACUGUAAACAAAUGGCCAAGGGCCUGUGAGCUUUAGAAUUUUAUUAACCUAAAUUGUGGUCCUGUCGAUAGGCUAUAGAAAGAAUAACAACUGCGCUGGUAAUAUGGGUCUUUUUAACUGGGGUAGAAACAAGCUAUUUUUGCUGUAGUAAUGGCUCAACCAUGAUGCUAACUUUUUUAUCUCUAGGGGACUCGGAAUCAACAGUACUGCGAAGCCUAAUCAUUACAACAAUUAUUAUUCGGGAUACUUGUUUUUUAAUAGGAGCACAGUACCCCCCCCCAACAAAAAUAAUCUAGGACGCACCGCAAAAUAUUUAUGGCUGCACUUUAGAGCCCACUUUAGAGCCCUACGCACAGUCACGCACGCGCACAUCCUGUAGUGCCAUCCGGCCUCUUACCUCAGCUCACCUUGAACUUUCGAUGACAACGGCCACAGUCAGUGGCAGUGUUCAACAGCAUCAAAACUGCUGCAGGCAACUGCCUGCCGACUGACUGAUCUACAAAUCACCUUCCAUCAUAAAUAUCGACUCAUUAUUAUUUGUAGAUCCAUGAUAUAUUGAGUCUUUUAUCCUAUCGAACACAGCCUUUCCAGUCUUUGGCUGUCUUUCACAUCUGUUCUCGCUCUCAGCUGUUUUCUAAUUGACAUGACAUCAGUAGAAGGCCAUUCUAAGACUGUUAUAUCUUGUUGUUUUUUGGUUUUUUUAGCAAUCUAACCAACGGGAUUCUUCUUGGGGCUCUAUUCAUCCAUAUCCCUGAAUCCUUACAGAUUGCGUUCUGGUAAUUUCCGAUUGAGCUGACAUAUUUAGUGUUUAUGAGUGAAUGUUAACUGGGAAAGUUGCCUUUGCAUUUUAAUUCCACUGUCACGCUGAACUUUCCCGAUACGUGUUUAAUAGAGCCAUGCCAUGUCAGUCUUUUCCUUGGUAAACAUUACCAACAAAUAUGGCCAUGCUUGUUGGCGAGUAACCUUGCUGUCAGGCAUUCUGUCUGAGAGAGAGAAGCCGUGACUUACAGUACCUCACUGGUCAGAGUGGAGAGUAGGCUGGUAAUUAAUGGUCAGAAACUUCACAAGUGCCAAUGAAAAUCACAUUACGAGGACAAACGAUGUACCUAAAGAAACUGCACUAACUUGCACUGCACAAAGAAAAACAUUUAUACAUGGAGAUUUUAUAUACACAGAUUUUGAAGUGAAGUUUAAUUUGAGGUUUUAUUUUGGGUCGUCACUGCUUUGGUGUUAAAAUGGGGUUUCAGGGAUGGGGCUGCUACACCUCUUGGGUCCCCCCAUAAGAACGUUCUGAACCUGUAUGUCUAGUUCUCUCCGUGUGUGGUGUACACAGCCCAAUGGGGCCCACAAUGUUGUCUGGAAUAGAGUGGUACUGGAUGCAGCCUUGGGAAAAAGGCUUCCCAAAGGGUUAUUCAGCUGUCCCCAUAGGAGAACCCUGUUGGGUUCCAGGUAGAACCCUUUUGAGUUACAUGUAGAAGUCUCUGUGGAAAUGGUUUUACCUGGAACCAAAAGGGCUCUCCAUGGAACCAAUAAGGGUUCUUCAAAGGAUUCUCCUACGGGAACAGACGAAGAACCAUUUGGUUCUAGAUAGCACCUUUUAAGAGUGUAGUACAGCACGGUACUUUGUGAGUAAGGGUUUCCCCUCAACCUUGUUAUUGUGUCACCAAGAUGACCCCUGAAGUCACAUCUCAGGCAGUCUGCACUAACUUGGUAUGGGGGGAAACUGGUCCAGCAUUAUCCAUCAGUCAUUCAAUGGUUGCUUGUUGUCGUCUUCGGAACAGAUCGUUUCAACGACAUGGGGUUUCCUACACAGCCUACUCAUAUACUGCUUUCAGAAACAUUGGGUUUAGUCUUGGCAAGUGGCUUUUUCACAUUUUAUUCCAGAUGAGAGAAGCGGUUUUAUUUCCGGACUGACUCCUAUUUUGGACUCCUGUCUGAUUUUGAUUUGAUUUUAAGUGAGCACUUAAACACACCCGCUCAGCUCUCUCUCAGUCCAUCCCCCAGCCAAAGCACCUGACACUUCUCCACCAAUUGACUGGCAGCAGAUUGGCCAGUCAUACUUUUGAUUUGCAUCAGAGCAAUCAAGUCCAUUGUUCUCAAUUUCAGUCAUCCUAUCCCUGCCACAAACCUGCAUGUAAUUCUUUAUUGCACAAAAUUGGCCUUAUGGGUCACUGGCCAGGGCUAAUGUAAAGGGAACACUCUUUAUUUAAUUGUUACCUGCCAGCAGCAUCCACUGCAGGCUUUCCUCUGAAGCUAAGCAGGGUUGGUCCCUGGAUGGGAGUCCAGAUGCUUCUGGAAGUGGUGUUGAUGGUCCAGUAGGAAGCACUAUUUCCUCUGAAGCUAAGCAGGGUUGGUCCCUGGAUGGGAGACCGGAUGCUUCUGGAAGUGGUGUUGGAGGUCCAGUAGGAAGCACUCUUUCCUCUGAAGCUAAGCAGGGUUGGUCCCUGGAUGGGAGACCGGAUGCUUCUGGAAGUAGUGUUGGAGGUCCAAUAGGAAGCACUCUUUCCUCUGAAGCUAAGCAGGGUUGGUCCCUGGAUGGGAGACCGGAUGCUUCUGGAAGUAGUGUUGGAGGUCCAGUAGGAAGCACUCUUUCCUCUGAAGCUAAGCAGGGUUGGUCCCUGGAUGGGAGACCGGAUGCUUCUGGAAGUGGUGUUGGAGGUCCAGUAGGAAGCAUUCUUUCCUCUGAAGCUAAGCAGGGUUGGUCCCUGGAUGGGAGACCAGAUGCUUUUGGAAGUGGUGUUGGAGGUCCAGUAGGAGGCACUCUUUCCUCUGGUUUAAAAAAUAUAUAUGUAACCUAGGGCAGUGAUUGAGGACUUUGCCCUGUGUAAGGUGCUGUCUUUCAGAUGGGAUGUUAAACGGGUGUCCUGAUUCUCUGUGGUCACUAAAGAUCCCAUGUCACUUAUUGUAAGAGUAUGUUAACCCUGGUGUCCUGGUUAAAUUUCCAAUCUGGCCCUCAUACCAUCACGGCCAGCUAAUCAUCCCCAGCUUCCAAUUGGCUCAUUCAUCCCGGUGUAACUAUUCUCUAGGUUGUUGCUCUAAAUGAGAACGUGUUUAGGAGACCUGAGGCUUUGGAAGGUGUGUUUGGAGAACUGGGGCUUUCUGAUAGGUGUUGAAAGAGGAAGUGGGACAAGCAGUGACGAUUAUUAGAUAUGGAUUUGUAGUUUCAGGGCAUAUGCACCGUAAAGAGAACCGUGGUGCUAUUUUCAUGUUGUUUUCUUUGUUGUAUCUUUGAAGCUAUAUUGAAUAUAACAUGUACAUACUUCUAUAUUGAAUAUAACAUGUACAUACUUCUAUAUUGAAUAUAAUAACUUCUAUAUCGCAGUUUAGGGGAAAAGGGGAGAAGAAACGUUGAAGAAUUUGAAACCUACAAAUAUCAAAGCUUGUUUUCUUUGUUGUAAUGCUGCCUAGUUUCUACUCUGCCUGUAGAGAACUGGCCUCUGUCUUCAGUAUCGGAAAACAUUUAACAUACACACUAACAGUUGGACCUAUCAUGUGUGCAUCAUAUCUAUACCACAACCAUGCAGUAUUGCUUCAGCUUCUUACAUUGUGCAAUGAUGUGCUUUAAUUGGAACAAGAACUAACUUGACCUUUUGAUGACCUUUCUUUGAGCCACCCGUGUGGGAUCUAUUACAAAUGCAUUCAUUGGCAUGUAGGCGUUUAUUUGGGCAGUUAUAAUGAGUCCUUGGCCAUUAUGAAUGCUUAUAGUGGUCCAUAUACUGCACUCUUCCCACUUAGUGUAAUGCAUAUAAUGAAUAUGUUUAUGAAGGCGUAAUGCGUUUGUUAAGGUGGUCAUAAGGAACCAUGAGCUGUUGUGAAUGCUUAUGACAAGUCUUAUAAUACACUAUGGAGUGAUCGACUGUGCUAUAAAUGCAGUCAUAAUGAUUUGUACACAAUUCCUAAAAUCUGCUACCUACCUUUUCUGUCUCCCUUCCUGCCAAAUAUGGAUUUAUCAGAAUACGUUUUGUUGUUAUUAUCUUUUGAGGUAAUGUUGUAUGUAAUGAGGAAGUGUGUUAUCCAGAAUUCUAGUUUCAUGGUGUUACCUUUGGGGAUUCUGUUUCCUGUCCUGCACAUUCCAACAGGCCGCUUGCCUUGGUGUCUGUCUCUUUCGUACCUGUACAUUUCCCUGUCAUAACUUCAGUGACUUUCUCUCCAUCUCCUCCUCUAUUUCUCUCCAUUAUGUAUCUUUCUCUUUCAAAAUGUACUGUAGUCCCAAGUCAUUACCCAGUAUAUUAAGCUAACCAAGCCCUUGAAAUAUGUUCUGUGAUUCUAUUCUUUGUUUGCUUUUUGAAUGUCGAUGUUGUUGAGUCCAGCUCAACAGCUAAGCAACAGCAAAGCCAAUGGAUUUCCAUCCAAAUGUAAUUCAUCGUCAUGGCAGCUCCGCUCAACUCUGUGCUUCUUCUUCUACCGUACUCGUAAUUGACAUACCUAUUUGAUCUGUUUGUCUUUCUGUCACUGUUUUACCUGUUUUAUCUGUCUUUGAUCUGUCUAUCUUUCUGUCACUGUUUUACCUGUCUUUGAUCUGUUUGUCUUUCUGUCACUGUUUUACCUGUUUUAUCUGUCUUUGAUCUGCCUAUCUUUCUGUCACUGUUUUAUCUGUCUUUGAUCUGUCUAUCUUUCUGUCACUGUUUUACCUGUCUUUGAUCUGUCUAUCUUUCUGUCACUGUUUUACCUGUCUUUGAUCUGUUUGUCUUUCUGUCACUGUUUUACCUGUCUUUGAUCUGUUUGUCUUUCUGUCACUGUUUUACCUGUCUUUGAUCUGUUUGUCUUUCUGUCACUGUUUUACCUGUCUUUGAUCUGUCUAUCUUUCUGUCACUGUUUUACCUGUCUUUGAUCUGUUUGUCUUUCUGUCACUGUUUUACCUGUCUUUGAUCUGUUUGUCUUUCUGUUACUGUUUUACCCGUAUUACCUGUCUUUGAUCUGUUUGUCUCUGUCACUGUUUUACCUGUCUUUGAUCUGUUUAUCUUUCUGUCACUGUUUUACCUGUCUUUGAUCUGUCUCUGUCACUGUUUUACCUGUCUUUGAUCUGUUUGUCUUUCUAUCACUGUUUUACCUGUUUUACCUGUCUUUGAUCUGUUUAUCUUUCACUCACAGUUUUACCUGUCUUUGAUCUGUUUAUCUUUCACUCACAGUUUUACCUGUCUUUGAUCUGUUUAUCUUUCUGUCACUGUUUUACCUGUCUUUGAUCUGUCUCUGUCACUGUUUUACCUGUCUUUGAUCUGUUUGUCUUUCUGUCACUGUUUUACUUGUUUUACCUGUCUUUGAUCUGUUUGUCCCUGUCACUGUUUUACCUGUCUUUGAUCUGUUUAUCUUUCACUCACUGUUUUACCUGUCUUUGAUAUGUCUCUGUCACUGUUUUACCUGUCUUUGAUCUGUUUCUUUCUGUCACUGUUUUACCUGUUUUACCUGUCUUUGAUUUGUUUGUCCCUGUCACUGUUUUACCUGUCUUUGAUCUGUUUAUCUUUCACUCACUGUUUUACCUGUCUUUGAUCUGUUUAUCUUUCUGUCACUGUUUUACCUGUCUUUGAUCUGUCUCUGUCACUGUUUUACCUGUCUUUGAUCUGUCUCUGUCACUGUUUUACCUGUCAUUGAUCUGUUUGUCUUUAUUUUGUAACUGUCUAAAUGUUUUUCUCCUGCUGUGCCAUGUCUUUACCGAGCCUUAUUGUGGUUGGCUGGAGUGAAACUGACCUUAUUUGUGUUUCUUUAUUAUCUUGGUCGUGUUAAUUGAUUGAUUGAUGUUCUCUCAUUAUGUGUACAAGAGGGAUUUGUUUUAUUGCUUAUGUCUGUCUGUGACAUCAAGUGGAUGGAUGACUUGAUGUCAUGAUGAAGAUGAUGUUGAAAAUAAGGCAGGUGAUGUAAAUGUGAUAGAGAGAAAAUAAACACAAAUGGAAUGGAA